AUGGAAGACGAAAUCGCCGCUCUCGUCGUCGACAACGGUUCCGGAAUGUGCAAAGCCGGUUUCGCCGGUGACGACGCUCCACGCGCCGUCUUCCCCUCCAUCGUCGGACGUCCACGUCAUCAAGGUGUCAUGGUUGGAAUGGGACAAAAAGACUCGUAUGUCGGAGACGAGGCUCAAUCCAAACGUGGUAUUCUCACGCUGAAAUACCCGAUCGAACACGGUAUCGUCACCAAUUGGGAUGAUAUGGAAAAGAUCUGGCAUCACACAUUCUACAAUGAGUUGAGAAUUGCGCCCGAAGAGCAUCCGGUGCUGUUGACCGAGGCUCCAUUGAACCCGAAGAGCAAUCGUGAGAAAAUGACGCAGAUUAUGUUCGAGACUUUCAACACACCGGCUAUGUAUGUGAAUAUUCAAGCCGUUUUGUCGUUGUACGCUUCCGGUAGAACUACUGGUAUUGUUUUGGAUACCGGAGAUGGUGUUACACACACUGUGCCAAUUUAUGAGGUGAGCAGAGGGUUAGAGCGAGAGAGAGAGAGAGAUAGGGGGAGAGACGCAGAGGAAAAUCCUAGGCUUAGACUGAACCAAACACUUAGGCUCAGACAAACUUUUGAAUUCAAAAUUUUUUUGGAAAUCACAAAAUUUGCGAUAGAGCGCACUUGCUCAUUUUUGUACAAAAUUUCAAAAUUGCCGAAAAUUCAAAUUUUUCGCAAAUGCGCCCAAUUGAGAAAAACACGCCUAAAGGUAUUUAGGCCUAAAUCUAGAUAUACUUAAGCCUAAGCCAGAUAAGGCCGAGUUGAGAUAGAUGUACCCAAGCUUAAGCUUAGAAGAUGUACUUAAGCCUAAGCCUAAAUGCACUUAAGCCUAAGCCUAGAUAUACAUAAGCCUAAGCCAGAUAAGGUCGAGCGCCUUGCGCGAGUGUAAACCGGAAGAUUCCGCGUAGCGGCACUGUCUACCGCGAAGCGGCUGGGCCUGGGUCUAAGCCCAAAAGCCUAGACCUAAGCCUAAGGUAGAUAAGGCCGAGCGCCUUGCGCGAGUGUAGACCGGAAGCUUCCGCGUAGCGGCACUGUCUACCGCGAAGCGGCUGGGUCUGAGUCUAAGCCUGAGCCCGAGAGCCUAGACCUAAGCCUUAAAAAAAGAUAAGGCCGAGCGCCUUGCGCGAGUGUAAACCGGAAGAUUCCGCGAAGCGGCACUGUCUACCGCGAAGCGGCUGGGUCUGAGUCUAAGCCUGAGCCUGAGAGCCUGGACCUAAAGUGUAAACAGGAAGCUUCCGCGUAGCGGCUGGGCCCAGACCUAAGCCUAACCCUCGUUUCUUCUAGGGUUAUGCUCUCCCACACGCCAUUCAACGUCUCGACUUGGCCGGUCGCGAUCUCACCGACUACAUGAUGAAAAUCCUGACCGAACGCGGCUACACCUUCACAACCACCGCCGAACGAGAAAUCGUUCGUGACAUCAAAGAGAAGCUCUCCUACGUCGCGUUGGACUUCGAACACGAACUCGUCACUGCCGCCUCAUCGUCUUCCUUGGAAAAGAGUUAUGAAUUGCCCGAUGGUCAAGUGAUCACAAUCGGAAAUGAGCGAUUCAGAUGUCCUGAAGUAUUGUUCCAACCGGCUUUUAUCGGAAUGGAAGGUGCUGGUAUUCAUGAGACGACUUAUCAAUCAAUUAUGAAGUGUGAUGUUGAUAUCAGAAAGGAUUUGUACGCGAAUACAGUUCUCUCUGGUGGAACUUCGAUGUUCCCUGGAAUCGCUGAUCGUAUGCAAAAGGAGAUUCAACAUUUGGCACCGUCGACAAUGAAGAUUAAGAUCAUUGCGCCGCCGGAGAGAAAAUAUUCGGUUUGGAUUGGUGGUUCGAUUCUUGCCUCACUUUCCACAUUCCAACAAAUGUGGAUCUCGAAACAGGAAUAUGAUGAGUCUGGUCCAUCGAUUGUUCAUCGCAAAUGUUUCUAA